UGAAAACACUGUCGGGCCAUUGUGGGAGUGAGGGGAGCUAAUUUCCUGUUUUGAAGUAUUGACUUACGAGAGUAGUGAGGAGCGGAGGAGCCAUGCCUUUCCUCCACGGGUUUCGCAGGAUUAUAUAUGAGUAUCAGCCGCUGGUAGACGCUGUCAUGUGUGUGGUUGGACUGGAGGAGGGAGACGGAAGUCACGAGAACAGACUCCGAAGCCCUGAGGAUGAGUCUGGUAUUUGUAGCUCUCUAGCAGAGCUCCUAGAGCGGGAGUCCCAGUCAGAAGUGUUUGAUGAAGGCAUCAGCUACGCUCUGUUUAAGGUGGCAGAAAGGGGACUGGGGUACGCAGCUGAAAUCCUUCUACGCCAUGGAGCUGAUCUAAACUUUGAAGACCCAGUGUCCUACUACAAUCCUCUACAUAUAGCAGUUUUGAGGAACAGGCCAAACAUGGUGAGGCUGCUGGUCGGGCACGGAGCAGACGUUGAAAAGAGAGACAGGAUCCAUGAGAGCAGUCCUUUGGAUCUUGCCAGCGAGGAGUCGGAGAGGCUCCCCUGCCUGCUCGCCCUGCUGGACCUCGGUGCUGAUGUGAAUGCAAGGGAUAAACAUGGAAAAACACCUUUGCUCCACGCCUUGGCAAGCAGCGAUGGACUCACCGUGCACAACACAGAGAACAUCCAGCUUCUACUUCAGAGAGGUGCUGACAUUAAUGCUGCCACUGUAGACGGUGAAACAGUUGAGUCAUCAUUGGUGUUUCUGGUUAAGGAGGCUCUUGAGGCCAGUGCGGAGGACGCUGCUGAGAUCGGUAACUUCUGCUUAAAAACCACGCGGCUCCUGCUGGCUCACGGUGUGGACCCCAGCUGCUGUCUAAACGAGGACGGCGAGCCCUCCCUGACACAGACGAGCCUGGAGCACUUUGACCUGCUCUUCCCUCUGGCUGUGCUCUUAAUCCAGAGCGGAGCCUCUUUGGUUUGCUCCUAUCACGUCUCCUCCUGCUGGUCAGGUUACAGCCUCCUUUUCCAGCGGCUCCAAGCAGCCCUGCAGCAGUGCUCUGAUCAAAGUCACGCCUCCGAGCUGCUGGAGCAAGCCGAGGUGUUGCUCGACUUAGCAAGGGUGGAUGACCCCACGCCGCAUCUGCCUUACAGGCUGGAGCUGCCUGUGCCCGAUGCGGACCCUCACCCCUAUGCUCAGGCUCUGGUAGACCUGCACAAGCGUGUAGUAGAGCAUGACACGAGCCCUCCUGCUCUGGGAUGCCUUUGUAGGGCUUUCAUAAGGAGCCACCUACAGCCGUGGCCCCUGGAAGACAAAGUCAAAGCCUUGCCAUUACCAGAUAGACUGAAAGACUUUAUCCUUCCUGAGCACACAUAUACACCAAAGCCUGGCUGGGACUGCUUCAAGCCCCAACAUAGUCGGCGCUGAUGAUAUAAGCUACUAAUUUAUGUACUGCCUUAAAUUUAAAUUAGGAGACUGACCAGGCCUGUAAUAAUUAAUAUAAAUAUCUCAGCAUUUGUCCAUAAAUGCACCUAGACCUAACAAACGACUGGGGCCUUUUUUUAAAUUCUUAUUGUGUCGUCUGUGCCAAAUCUACAGACAAAUGUGAGUAUGUUUACUUUAGGACACAAAGUCAUAUCUGUGCAAACUACAAAGUUUUCACUGUUGUGAUUAAAGUAAUGUACAGUGGAGUGAGUCAUAUCAAUGUGUAAAAUGUGCUGCAAUACACAAUAAAAGCCACCAGAUGGCAGUGUUGUUCCUGCAUCUCAGAAGCAGCUCAGAUGUCAGGGUCAAAGAUUUAGUUAUUCACAGUGCAGCCUAUUUAAGUUGUUCCAGCGCAGUGGGCUCCAUCUAUAUUUCAUCUCCUCAACAUGAUGGUGGUGUACUGUGGAAUUGUGUGUCUUCUCGCUUAACAUGAAAGUGGACCAAUAAAA